GGUCGAGCCGGAGCCGCUGUCGCUGCUAACUAUUCAGCUGGUUAGGUUGCAGCCACCGCCGCUGCCAGAUUCCAGAGGCGAAGAAACCGCGGCGAGGAGACCAGACAUGGACGUGAACAUCGCCCCGCUCCGGGCCUGGGAUGAUUUCUUUCCAGGCUCUGACCGCUUUGCCCGACCAGAUUUCAGGGACAUUUCCAAAUGGAACAACCGCGUGGUGAGCAACCUGCUCUACUAUCAGACCAACUACCUGGUGGUGGCUGCCAUGAUGAUUUCAGUUGUAGGGUUCCUGAGCCCCUUCAACAUGAUCCUUGGAGGAAUUGUGGUGGUGCUGGUGUUUACGGGGUUUGUGUGGGCAGCCCACAAUAAAGACAUCCUCCGCCGGAUGAAGAAGCAGUACCCCACAACCUUUGUCAUGGUGGUCAUGGUGGCUAGCUACUUCCUCAUAUCCAUGUUUGGGGGGGUCAUGGUCUUUGUGUUUGGCAUCACUUUUCCUUUGUUGUUGAUGUUUAUCCAUGCAUCGCUCAGACUGCGGAACCUCAAGAAACUAGAGAACAAGAUGGAGGGGAUCGGGCUAAAGAGGACACCCAUGGGCAUUGUGCUGGAUGCUCUGGAGCAGCAGGAAGAAAGCAUCGGCAAACUCACCGAGUACAUCAGCAAAGUGAAGGAGUAAAUGUAGCUGACCUGGCCAGAGGCUGCAACAGAACACGAGUUGCAGUUUGCCCUCAUUUGGACACCCCUCCCAUUUGUAUUUUUGAAAUGGAAGGGACAUACCACCCAACCAUCAAUGGCUGCAUGCAUGUGUUGGCCAAACUGUUAACCUCUUUGAUGUUACAGAGAGAAGGUCUCAAAAACUGAAAGAAACCACCCUCCUAGUAUGGGAAUUUUCAGCUUGUUUAUGAAAACUGGUAGGAAUGGAGCACACUUAUGUCUGUAGGUAAAUAAAAGAAAAUAUAAGAAUUAGGGAUUGUACAAUACUGUUAUCUUGUUGGGGGGAAAAGGUAAUUGUAAAGUGUCAAGGCAAUUGAGUAAAAGGAAAGACUGUUUAAGUAGACAAUGGUAUGCAUUAGCCUGUUGAAUGCC